AGGUCUUGCUUUCAGAGGACACACGGAAGUUGAUGGGAAUUUCCAUCACCUUAUGGAACUGCUAAGGGUAGAUGACGAUGGUCUAAGCAGUUACCUGAGACGCAAGACAAACUUCACAUCCCCUAAAGCUCAAGAAGAAAUAAUUGAUAUGCUCGCUCGGGAAGUCGUGACAAAGGUCGUCCAUGGGAUACAGGAGGAUGGUCCGUUUGCAGUAAUGGUCGAUGGUACGCAGGACAUCACAUCAACUGAUCAAGAAUCCAUCUGCUUUCGCCAUGUGGAUGAUGAGCUGCACAUCAAUGAAGACUUUGUUGGAUUGUACGAACUACCAAACACGAAAGGGGAAUGCAUCGCGUCAGUGAUCUUUGAUGUUAUGACAAGGCUGUCUCUGUCAUCCCAACCUUAGGGCUCAAACAUACGAUGGGGCAGCGAACAUGCAGGUUCCUUACAACGGUUGCCAGGCUAAGGUAAAGGAAUCACAACCUUUGGCUCUCCAUUUCCACUGCGGAGCUCACAUCUCCAACCUUGUGCUGCAACAUGGAGUCGGUGCAUGUCCUAUUAUCCGUAACGCCGUGCAAUGGGUCCACGAACUUGGAGUCCUUUUCAAGCGGUCUGGAAAGUACAAGGCUCUCUUCAAGGACAUCGCGUUUGACGAAUCGACACAUGUGUCACAAGCUUCAAUCCGUCCCCUUUGUCCUACCCGGUGGUUGUGUCGAUUGCCAGCAAUUGUCUCAGUGAUGGACAACUAUGAUGUCGUCAUCGUCAGUUUACGAGAAAUGUCAAAGUCUGGUAGCGGUGAAACAUCAGUGAAAGCGAAUGGUCUCCUCGACAGGUUUGACAAGGGUCAAACUCUCCUUGGUCUACAAAUGGCCAUCAAGCACAUUACCAUUCUAGAGCAACUCAAUUCUGCAAUGCAAGCAAGAUCCGCCAACGUAUCAGGAAUGCUUGAAGCAGCAAGAGUCACAACGAGAGAGAUUCGUGAAAGCCGGAAUGAUAAUGCAUUUCACACUGUAUACCCGACAACGGAGCAGAAAGUGGAGGAGUAUGACCUUGAAGCUCUUCAGCUACCACGAAGAAGACGAGUUCCCCAGCGACGUGCAGGUGAAGGAGAGCAGUACAAACCGGACAACCCUGAGGUGUACUUCCGACAGAUGUAUUUCCCCUUCCUAGAUGAAAUCAUCAUGCAACUUUGAUCCAUCAAAGUCUGGUUUGGAAGCUUAUGUCCAGCUGGAGGAAGCAUUGCUUGGCAAAAGAGAGGAUCUGGAUAUUCUCAAGAGAUAUCCGGAGAUGAGUGCGAACAUCCUUGCGAUACAACUGCCGAUGUUUCUGCAAAUAACAGGGGCGUCAUCACUUCACGAGGCCGUGGAAGCAUACAGGAAGAUGGUCCCGGAGGUCCGAGCACUGUUUCCCGAGGUGAAGACCCUCAUGAAGCUUCUUCUUGUUUGUCCAGUGUCUUCCAGCGAAUGUGAGAGAAGUUUCUUUACCUUUCGCCGGUUAAAGUCAUGGCUUCGGAAUACAAUGACAUAACGAAGACUCAACGCCCUAGCGGUUUGCAAUGUUCACUGUGGCAUCCUUGACGAAGUCAACAUCGAAGAAGUGGCCAAAGAAUUUGCAGCCAGAUCUGACAUCAGGAAGAACAUUUAUGGCAAUUUCUAAUCGUACAAAGUAAGAGGAUUUCGUACAAGUUGAGUUGAUUUACACUGUAUCACAUUGUUAUUGUAAUUAUUGAUAUUAUCAUUAUUAGUUUUAUUAAUACUGUUAUUAUCAUACUAUAAGAAUCAUUGUCAUUAUUGUUCUUAUUUAUAGCAUUAUUAUUACUCUCUAUCACUAUUAUUCUUUUAACCAUCAUAAUCAUUAUUUUUUUAUUA